AUGCAAUACGCGGAAGGGGGAAGCCUUCGGCAAUAUUUAAAUAAUAAAUCACAUAAUUUAGACUGGAAUAAAAAGUUCAGUAUUUUAGAUUCAAUACUCAAAGGACUUAAUGAUAUUCAUGACGCCGGGUUGAUUCAUCGAGACCUUCAUAGCGGAAAUGUUGUAUUAUUCAACUCCGGGAACGCAUGCAUUACAGAUUUCGGUUUUUGUAGAUCGAUUAAUUACGAUCUUUCAAAUGAAAAUCAAGUUUAUGGUGUCGUUCCAUAUGUUGCACCUGAAGUUUUGUGCAGACAUGAAUAUACUCAAUCAGCGGAUAUAUAUUCGUUCGGAAUUCUCCUUAAUGAGGUGGCAACAGGCAUUCCACCUCAUCACAAUUAUCCACAUGAUAUUAUACUUGCGUCAAAAAUUAUUGAAGGCUUUCGUCCGAUGAUCGAUUAUAAAAUUACGCCUCCAUGUAUUAUUCAAUUAAUUCAGCGAUGCUGGAAUGCCGAUCCGAAAGUCAGACCCACUGCUCGUGAAUUGAAAGAUCAAUUUGACACAUUCAAUUUUUCUGGGUUUCAAAUUCAAUUAGAACCUAUGCCAAGUAAUUUUCAAGCUAUAAAAUCUCCCGAAGAUUUUACAGAUUCUGGAGUAAUUGAUUUACAUAUUCCAAACUC